CUGUCUGUUCUUCUGUCUGUAGGACUCUGUAGGACCCAGCGGAAAAGUGCUCCAGCCGGAGGGAGCCCGGGUGAGAGAGAGAGAGAGAGAGGGAGAGGGAGAAAGCUGAGUGUGGAGAAGACGCUCAGAUCAGUCAGUGGCUUCAUGGAGUUAUGUACCUCUGAUCCUCCGCCAUGGAUUGCACUCCGCGAUCACUUCUUGUUGUUUUACUCCUUUUCUUCUCCUGCGUUUUCCCUGCCACCUCCGUCAUCUACCCUCCAAACGAAGUAAACCUGUUGGACUCUAAGGCGAGCCAGGGGGAGUUAGGAUGGAUUUCCUACCCAUCGCAUGGGUGGGAAGAAAUCAGUGGUGUGGACGAGCACUACACUCCGAUCCGGACCUUCCAGGUCUGCAAUGUGAUGGAGUACAGCCAGAACAACUGGCUUCGCACCAACUGGAUUCCUCGCAGGUCAGCCCAGAAGAUUUACAUCGAGCUGAAGUUCACGCUGAGGGACUGCAACUCCAUCCCUCUGGUCCUGGGAACCUGCAAGGAGACCUUCAACCUCCUCUACCAGGAGACAGAUGACGACCAGGGGAGCCACUUCAGGGAGCAUCAGUUCUCCAAGAUCGACACCAUCGCGGCUGACGAGAGCUUCACCCAAAUGGACCUUGGAGAUCGCAUCCUCAAGCUCAACACCGAGGUGCGCGAGGUGGGCCCCAUGACCAAGAAGGGCUUCUACCUGGCGUUCCAAGACGUGGGCGCUUGUGUGGCUUUGGUGUCGGUGAGGGUUUACUUCAAAAAGUGCCCGAACACUGUGAGGAACCUGGCACUUUUCCCAGAUACGGUUCCCAUGGACUCGCAGUCGCUGGUGGAGGUCAAAGGAUCAUGUGUCAAUCAUUCUAAAGAGGAGGAGCCGCCGCGAAUGUACUGCAGCACGGAGGGGGAGUGGCUUGUGCCUAUCGGGAAGUGUCUGUGUAAUCCAGGCUUCGAGGAGCGAAGCAGCACCUGCCAAACGUGCCGGGCCGGCUUCUACAAAUCUGGGCUGGGGAACGUGGAGUGUUCAAAGUGUCCCCCUCACAGCUUCUCUCAUUAUGAGGGUUCGUUGCACUGCGGCUGUGAGAAAAACUACUUCCGUGCCGAGGGAGACCCCGCCUCCAUGGCUUGCACCCGUCCACCGUCAGCCCCUCGAAAUGUGAUCUCCUCCAUCAACGAGACCUCCGUUAUCCUGGAGUGGUCUUGGCCAGAGGACGGCGGCGGGCGCAGGGACAUCACAUUCACCGUUGUUUGCCCGCACACCAACUACACCUUCGAGAUUGAAGCCAAGAACGGCGUGUCGUCGAUGGCGCCCAGGAUGAGGCAGUACGCAGCGGUCACCAUCACCACCAACCAAGCUGCUCCUUCGUCAGUAACCUUGAUCAAGAAAGAGAAGACGUCUCGCAACAGUGUUUCAUUGUCCUGGCAGGAGCCGGAAAGACCCAACGGCAUCAUCCUGGACUAUGAGAUCAAAUACUACGAAAAGGAGGAGCAGGAGACCAGCUACACCAUCCUCCGCGCUCGUGGAUGUAACGUGACCCUGAAUGGCCUGAAGCCCAACACUGCUUACCUGCUGCAGAUCAGAGCCCGCACUGCAGCUGGAUAUGGAGCCAGCAGCCCCAGCUUCCAGUUCGAGACCAGCCCAGACUCUGCCUUUUCUAUCUCCAGUGAAAACAGUCAAGUGGUUCUGAUUGCCAUUUCCUCAGCCGUGGCGAUCAUUCUGCUCACUGUGCUGCUCUACGUCCUGAUUGGCAGGUUUUGUUGCCGCAGCAAAUCCAAACAUCCUGAUGAGAAAAGACUGCACUUUGGCAACGGCCACCUACAUCUUCCAGGUAUCAGAACCUACGUGGACCCUCACACGUACGAGGACCCCAGCCAGGCUGUGCACGAAUUCGCCAAAGAGCUGGAUGCCUCCUGUAUCGCCAUAGAUAAAGUCGUGGGCGCAGGUGAGUUCGGCGAGGUGUGCAGCGGUCGCCUGAGGCUGCCCAGUAAGAAGGAGAUCUGUGUGGCCAUCAAGACUCUGAAGGGAGGAUACACGGACAAACAGAGACGGGACUUUCUGGCCGAGGCAUCGAUCAUGGGACAGUUUGACCACCCCAACAUCAUCAGGCUGGAGGGGGUGGUGACACGCAGCAAACCAGUGAUGAUUGUGACUGAAUACAUGGAGAACGGUUCCCUGGACAGCUUCUUGAGAGUACGUAACGCUCAGUUUACGGGUAUCCAGUUGGUUGGAAUGCUGCGCGGUAUCGCCUCGGGCAUGAAGUAUCUCUCAGACAUGGGCUACGUUCACAGAGACCUGGCGGCUCGAAACAUCCUGGUCAACAGCAACCUGGUGUGUAAAGUGUCAGACUUCGGUUUGUCCCGAGUGCUGGAGGACGACCCCGAGGCCGCGUACACCACCAGGGGGGGUAAGAUCCCCAUUCGGUGGACAGCGCCGGAGGCCAUCGCUUACAGGAAGUUUACGUCAGCCAGCGAUGCUUGGAGUUAUGGCAUUGUGCUGUGGGAAGUGAUGUCAUAUGGGGAGCGACCCUACUGGGAGAUGUCCAAUCAGGAUGUAAUAAAGGCUGUAGACGAGGGAUACCGCCUUCCUCCACCCAUGGACUGUCCAGCCACUCUGUACCAGCUGAUGCUGGACUGUUGGCAGAAGGAGAGGAACAAUCGCCCGAGGUUCGAACAGAUAGUCAGCAUCCUGGACAAACUCAUCCGUAACCCUGGAACCCUGAAGAUCACUGCCAACACCGCGUCCAGGCCGGCCAACUUGUUGUUGGACAGGAGCACUUCGGAGGUUCCACCGAUGGGGACGAUGAGUGACUGGAUGGAUGGAAUGCGGACUCUGCCCUGCAAGGAGGCCUUCUCUGGAGUUAGUUACAGCUCCUGUGACACGCUGGCCAAAACCUCCACAGAGGAUCUGAAAAAGGUCGGACUGACUAUCGCAGCACCACAAAAGAAGAUCGUAAGCAGCCUCAAAGCCCUAGAUUCCCACACCAAGGACGGCCCAGUACCUGUUUAAAAAAAUCGAACACGUCUGCGCCUCUUUGCUAACAGACUGCGGAUGCUAGUCGCAGUCUGCUACGGUGGCUGCGUAUCCAAGCGGAUGAGAACAUGGAUGGGUGGGGGGGGGGGAGGGGAUAUGAUCCAGGCAAGGACUCCUGACAGAGAACUGGACUCAGGUGCAGACCUGCCUGCUAUAGCUAACCCACUGACUCUUCUACCUUCCAAACCCUCCGUGCUCAAGUGGAGAUGCCUUACAGACUAAUCAGAUGGAAGGGGGAGUAGAGGAGAGCGGAGGAGGUCAGUGAGACCCGGUCAGGUAUUUAAUCUCAAGUUGGACUACAGGGGAAGGUCAACCUUAAAGCUGGAGCUCUUCAGUAUCGCAGCAGCUUAGCCUUCGCUUUUCAGGGUAAAAAGUGUUCCGUCACCGCCGACGCUCUCCUCCGUCCAGACUGCGGACUACGGCAGUGAAAGGAGUGCGAUGCCUCGUGUGGCCGUGCAUGGAGGACUACGGCGACUCACCUGACCUGUGGACCCCCCUUCUCUCGCCCCCCGCCGCGCCCUCUGGACUACUGCUGUCCGGGGUGUGAGAUUGUUGUUGUAACUACCUACAUUUCUGUCUCUAUCCGUGACAGAGCGGAGCUGUUCGGAACGAUAACCCCAGCCUUCUUACCCUGUAGCUCUAACAUAUUACAUUCAGUAGACACGCCACAUAAAAGCAAUAAUAUUAUUCAGUCUCGUUCUAUGGAAGCCAUGAGUCCGCCACAUGUAUAACGUAGGGAACGCUGCGCUUUGAAGGUAACGGUGCCGUAACGUGUCACAGAAGAAACUGUUUCCGAGUCAAUUUUCUUCGAGCUCUUCCGCAAGUUUUUCUACACUUUUUUGGUCGUACCCGCUACAGAAAAACUAUAUAUAUAUAUAUAUUAGGUGUUUUGUUCUAAAUUUCAAACAAGAAGGAACAGAGAGAAAGAGAGAGAGAGAGAUGGUAGAGAGAGAAAGGGAAAGUAUAGAAAACAUUGAGAGUGUAGGUUCAGAGAGCUGUGAGUGAGAACGGGGGAGGCAACGAGGGAGGAACUGAUGAGAGGAAAAGACAGCUUUAAUAAGACAAAGCCUCGUUAUCCAGGUCUCUGCUGAUGCUGCUGUGGAAGAAUUUCAAACCUGAAGUUAGUUCGUACUGCGGUUUCUUCUUCAGGUAAAAAGGUCGACGUUGAUUCCCUCACAUCGGGAGUUGAGCUCCAUUUCCUGAAAGUUUUUGUUUUGUUUUUUCAUUGGCUCUCUACUUCUGUCAACGUGCAAACACAAUCGUUUGUUUCUUUAACUCACUAACAAAACCCCUACUUUGAUCUGUUGUUUACCUCUUUGAUCAGAAAUUUGCAGUUAAAAGGACUUUGUUCUCGUUCAAAAUUAGCUCUCUAUCCCCAAAUCCCGGUGUGUUGAACGCACAGACAUCAAGUCGGCGAUUUGUUGGUUUUUUUUUUAAAACACCUGAGCUCUGUCGUUUUCUUUGAUCAGAAAUUUGCUGUUAAAACCUACUUUGUUCUGGUCUAAAAUUAGCUUUGAAUCCAGAAACCCCUGUGUGAUUAAAAGUAGAGUGCCCCCUGUGGCUGUUAGAUGUUUCAUGGUGGGAUCUUUCGUUUCAUUGAAGUCGUCAAGUCUUGGUUCUUUUUCGUCUCCUCCUAUCAGAAUGAGGUAAAAGGUCAAAAGUGAAAGUAAAGAAACUAAAACGAUCUGACAAAGAUAUAAAAAUCUCUCACAAUUCACGGAUUUUCUGAAGGACGGGAUUUCCCUGAAAGCAACUGACAUCCCUGUGAUGGAGCAGG